AUUUAACAGAUGGCGUUCAAUCUUUGAUGUCAGUCAGUCACUACGAUUUUUUAAAUGAAAUAAUAGCAAAUUAAUAAUUAUUACCGAUGUUUAUAAUAAGAUUUUAGCAUAAAUUUGACAUUAUAUUGCAUUAUUUUCACUAUCAUUUUAACAGAAUGGAUAAAGCAGAUAUUGAAGUUAAUUUGCUUGACGAAUUACUAAACACUGGUGCUGAUGAUGAACUUAUUGCGGAAUUAGACAGUCAAGAAAAAAAGACAGCUGUGAAGUCACAUACAGCGAAUUCUUCAAAAUCUUUGAAAGCUUCUGAAAAAUCUAUGAGUAGAACUGCAAAAAAGAUGAUUAAAACUCAGGCAAAGAGUCCAUCAAAGCCAAGCAAAUCUCUUCCAGCAUCCAUGAAAGAAGAUAAAAAACCUCCAAUUAAAAUCAAGACUGAACCAGUUUCUCCAAAAGCAAAUGCUGUUAAAAACAGUUCUGAAAACUGAAACUACAAGCAAGGGGCCUGUCAGGAUAGUUAAAAAAAUAGUGUCAAAAAAUUCGAAAGUUUCUGCAUCUGCAAAGCAAUCUAGUGCUCCUGCAAAAGUUGUGCAGAAGACAAUAAUAUUAAAAAAAGAUGUUCCUGAAAAAACAAAGUGCAAGAAUUGGCUUCUACGUUACGAAAAUCGCAACAAAGUGAAGUGUGCCACCUCGGACAAAGUUUUAGAUGUAUCCAGUGCAAGAGAGAAUGCAGGAAAAACUGAAAUAAAAUCAGCUGCAGCAAUGGAAACUGUGCCCAAGAGGUCAGUUCCUGCUGGUAUCAUAUCAGCUCCAUCAACUGUUCGAAAAUCUGUGAAAGUUGUCCAGAAAAAGUCUGGUUCUUCACGACAAAAUCCACAGCCAGUUGUAAAAUGUGUUCUUAGAGGCACUGAUCCACAAAGCAAGGCUUUAGCCAAUAAAUCAUUCAUUCAGAACUCCGGUCACCAAAAAUCUGCCCCAAGCAUAAAUAUCAAAAAAGAACGUAUAUCUGAAGAUAGAGAGCCUGUUCCUCCUGGUGAAGAAUCUCUAGAUGAUAGACAUUAUGAUAAAGCUUCUUCUCCGGCUGACAGCAAAAAUGUGUGCUUUAGCACUGUGAGUGAUGCCUCCAGUUCUGUUGAAGAUGAUGUCACGUGCUCUUGUGGCCGCAGUAGUGUUAUGUCAUCUUCGCCAUCUGCAUCCCGAUCUCCUUCACCUAGUGGAUCACCAUCAAAUUCUGAUUCAGAAUCAGAUGAGCAUGUUGAUAGAAGAUCACUCAAACGGCCUCAUUCACCUGUUGUUUAUGAGCGUAAAAGUAGUAAAGAACGUAGUGAAAAGAAGCCUAAAGUGUCAUCAUCAGUCAGUAAACGAGAUUACAGCCAUCUGUUAAAGUAUUUUUUCCGAGAUGCCCGUUUCUUCUUAGUCAAGAGUAACAAUCAUGAAAAUGUUGCUUUAUCCAAAGCAAAGGGUGUGUGGUCAACACCUCCACAAAAUGAAAGUAAAUUUAAUCAAGCUUUUAGGACAUGUCGAAAUGUUAUCCUGGUUUUUUCUGUGAAAGAAAGUGGAAAAUUUCAAGGUUUUGCAAGAAUGGCAUCGGAAUCAAGGCAUGAUGUUCCUCCUAUACAGUGGGUUUUACCUCCAGGUUUGAGUGCUCGGGCUUUAGGCGGAGUUUUUCGUUUAGAUUAUGUAUGCAGGCGUGAGCUUUCAUUUACAAAGACCCAGCAUUUGUAUAAUCCGUGGAACGAAGGAAAACAAGUUAAGAUAGGUAGAGAUGGUCAGGAAAUUGAACCAAAAGUUGGCGAAGAACUAUGUCGCUUAUUUCCUGUGGAUGAAAACAUCGACUUGAUUUCUGCUUUACGAAACAUGAAAAGAAGCAAAACAAGGAGCACACGUUCAUCAAGAGAUGACAGACACCGUGGAGCUUAUUCAUCUUCACGUAGAAGUCCACCUGAUUCUAUGAGAAGACGAAGAAGACCGGAAAGUUUCGACCCACCCAGGCCCAAACGAAAUCGUCAAGAACCUGGAGGUUAUUACAAACCAACUUCAAAUCGAGAAAGAUCACCAAUGGAUCGAUUUAACUCCAGAAAUAGAAAUCCUGUCGCUAAUGGUAACUACGGAGAUUAUGCUCGUGAUUAUCAUCACCAAAGAGCUCAAAUGCCUCCUAUGCCUUUUGGACCUCCUUGCAACUAUCCUCAACCUCCUUUUCAAAUGGAACCAUCUGCUUAUUACGAUCGAUCAAUGCAUCACCAAGACUAUUCUAACUCUAGGGCUAGAACUAUGGACAAAAGAGCUUAUGAAAGAUCCGUGGAUGAUUUUCUACGACGAACGGCUCGUAUGCCUAAUCGCAUUGAUCGAAGUAGAUACAGAGAAAAAAGGUGAAAUGGGAUCCUAAAGCUCGCAACAGCGGAUCCCAAAAGCAGUAGGACAAAUUCCCAAGAGCUGCAACUUAUGUGUUAUGUUUAUAUACAAAAGUGUUGAAUCCUAUCUUAAUUUUUUUCACUAUUGUAGAAACUGAGCUUGAUAUUGAUCAAUAUUGGACACUCAAUGAGCAAGUAUUGUGCUUAUGCGUUUAUGUUAGUUUUGUCUCUUGUAAUUAUCAUUGUCAUAAGAUUAGCAUGGGUUUUUCUAAUAAAAUAUGUAAGUCAAGAAAUGUAGUCCUUUUAAAGAAGUAGCUUUGUUUUUUAAAUACAAUUAUUGUUAUUGUAUUCAUUAAACUUUAAGAGUUUUAUUAAUAAUCUGUAAAAUUUUCCAUGCAUUGGUGCCAACUAAUGGUAUAAAUAUAAUUAUUGCUAUUAUUAUUUUUGGACAUAAGUUUUAUUAUUUACAUGUACGUUUUCUAAAACUAACUCAAAUCAGUGAGAUAAAUGCUUCUCCUUGUCAUUAUCAUUCCUCAUUUACUUGUCCUCCUUCCGUUAAAAAUUUUUGUACAGUUGGCACUUAUGAAUAAAUGUAAUAUAAAUGUAUAGUACUUAAGUUUUUUUUUUUUUUUCAAAUCUUAAAUUCUGUAUAUUGGUAUAUGCACUGCUAUGCUGGUUUAGCAGUAAUAGUUGUAAAAAAUAUUUUUACUUGUGCAGUAAUAAACCUUUUCUGCAGAAGUAAUGAAGCAUUUUUCAAAUGUUUCUGUAAAAAGGAUGUAUUUUGUUUGCAUUUCUCACGCUUUUUUUAAAAUAUGUUGUGUAAUUUUAAUUUUCGAAAUCUGAAAAGUUUUAUGUGCUUAUCAUUUCAACUAUAUAAUUGUGGAAGGAGUCAUGCUAUAUUUAACUCCUAUGUAUGUUUGUAAGUGUACAUAUU